CACAGAUAAGUGACUGGUGGGUGUCUGCCAUUCAGCUGUGAACCUGGAGGCUGAAGUCCAGCUGUGUGGAAAAAAAAAUGAAAAAAAAAACCCUGCCAUUCAGUGAACUGUCAGCAGCAGACCGUUUUGCAUUCGACCCCCUUAGAGGCCACCACAGAGAGGACUACGCAUCUCCACACUGCUGUUUCAUCCCGCUCACUGGGCUCAGUGUUUCCCCCCACGUCGACCAAGCGCUGUUGGAGACACGGUGGAGGAUGGAGGGCGGGAUGCGCCGGCUGCUGCUGCUGCUGCUGCUGCUGCUGCUCAGCGUGACCGGCGUCCACGGGGAGCUUCUCCGGGCUGAGAACCUGGUCCUCCUUCCCCCGGAUGCACACGACUUGGUCCUGAACCGCGGGACGAGAGUGCUGCCCAGAGACUGCCAUGAAAUGCUGAUGACGUCUUCGGGCCAGGCCCCGGACGGUGUGUACCUGAUCAAACCCGGGGACUCCCCCAUCGUGGCCUACUGUGCAAUGCGGGAGGGAGGCUGGACCGUGGUGCAGCAUAUCACCGUCAACAGCAGCGUGAACUUUGAUCGUACCUGGGCCGAAUACAAGGACGGCUUCGGGGCCGUGACCGGCGAUCACUGGCUCGGCAACAACUACCUCCACCAGCUGACCAGCGGCCCCGGGCGCUUCAAGCUGGGGGUGAAGCUGGUGGACCGGGACGCCGUCACCAAGAGGGGGGAGUACGACCCGUUCCUGGUGGAGGACGAACCGUCGGCCUACAGGCUGAGGCUGGGCUUGUUCCAGGGCUCCGCCGUGGAUGCCCUCACCCUGGACACGGAGAACUACCUGCACGACAACCAGAGGUUCACCACCAAAGACAGAGACAACGACAACUACUUCCAGAAUUGCGCUAAGCUGGAGUUUCAGGGGGUGGCGGGGGGAGGCUGGUGGUACGACGCCUGCGCCGGCGCCAACCUCAACCGCAGGAACGUCAUCUACUGGCAGAAGGACUGCAACAAGGAGCGGCUGUGCAAGUACGCGUGGAUGAUGGUGAAGCCCACGGACACCGUGAAGCUGAUUCGAAGCGAAACCUGCGGGAAGGAUGAGCUGUGAGGACACGGGGUUUGUGACAGAGAUUGGCGGGGGGGGGGGGAGCAGAGUAAAGUCUUCUUUGCAGCAAACCCAACAGAAAGCCGCGUCACUCCAUUUGUCUGGACUUUAAAUUCAACCACGUUUUAUUGAAAAUGUAUGGACAUGGUCGCAAAUUACAGAGAACAAGAAAGUGAAUCACAAACAUGGAACAUAAUGGUAUAAAAAUGCUGGCGGGUGGUUUUAGCUCGAGCUUUGUCUGCAUUGAUCACCAUGAAGCCAAGCAGGUCGUCAUUCCCCAAGUGCAUAUUUCUUCAUUAUCACAAUUACUUAAAAAGGAUGUAAAAUUGCUCCCAUCCAAUGCUGACACAGAAGAACAUUUCACAGACAGCGUUUUUUUUUGUU